CCUCUGUGAUCUGUGACUUGACGUUUGUUUGAAACGUAAACACUGUGGUAAACACAACAACAGGUCGUUAAGUGGGGUUUGAGAACAAAUAGGAGUGAAAUUUUUCCAAAAUGUGGCCCCAUCCUGCAUGACAACGUGGUUUCGAUGGAGACUGUGAAGGCCCGCAAGGGCAAGUCGAAGGAAUCAAUGAACGACGUGGGGCCCGCUCAAGAGCUCUGCCCGAAGCGCAGCUGGUUUAAAGUGAACAUUGAAGUGGACAUGGUUUCCACCUUGCUGCUGCUUGGGGCUCUCGCCACUCGCAUGUACCAGUUGGACAAGCCCAGAAAUAUCGUAUUUGAUGAAUUGCACUAUGGUAAGUACGUUUCCAUGUACAUGAAGAACACGUUUUUCUUCGACGCUCAUCCGCCCCUGGGCAAGCAGCUUGUCGCCCUGGCCGCCUACGUGGCCGGAUUCGAUGGCCAGUUUAAGUUUGACCGCAUUGGCAGCGCCUACCCGGAGACUGUGCCCCUGACGGCACUGCGCUUCGUUCCAGCCCUCUUCGGCAGCCUGCUGAUCCCCACUGUUUACCAUUUGAUGCUUGAAAUGGGGCUCAGCGAGUGGACGUCGAUUUUCGCCGCCCUUCUGUUCCUGUUCGACAACGCGCUGCUAACCCAGAGCCGCUUCAUCCUGAUGGAUUCCAUGCUGCUGUUCUUUGCCAUGUUUGGUAUCCUUUGCGUGCUGAAGCUGCAGAAACACUUUAAGCAGCCCUACACCUUGCCCUGGUUUCUCUGGCUGGUUGCUGCCACAGUUUCCCUGACUUUUGGCUUCUGUGUUAAAUAUGCCGGACUGUAUUCGUGUCUGUUGGGCGUUGCGAUUGUUUUACGCAGCUUCUGGAGGCUUCUUUCGGAUAAAUCCAUUUCCGAUGUGGCGCUGGCCCUGCAGUUUGUGACUCAGGCGGUGGUCAGUGCGUCCAUAGCGGUGACUGUGUAUGUGGUCAUCUUCUACAUCCACUUGAGUGUGCUGCACAAGGCGGGGCCCCAUGAUAGCAUCAUGACAAGUGCUUUUCAAGCUUCUCUGGAAGGAGGCCUGGCCAGUAUCACCAAAGGGCAGCCCCUGCUGGUAGCUCAUGGCUCCCAAGUCACUUUAAGACACACGCAUGGCAGGACGUGCUGGCUGCACUCACACAACGCCGUCUACCCCAUCAAAUACCCGGAUAAAAGGGGCUCUAGCCAUCAGCAGCAGAUCACUUGCUACUCCUUCAAGGACGUGAACAAUUGGUGGAUCGUUAAGAGGCCGCAGAAAAACGACCUGGUGGUCGAACAGCCGAUCGACGCCAUCCAGCAUGGGGACGUGGUGCAGCUGGUGCACGGCAUAACCAGCCGGGCGCUGAAUUCGCAUGACGUGGCUGCGCCCAUCUCGCCCCAAUGCCAGGAAGUCUCCUGCUACAUUGACUACAACAUAUCGAUGCCUGCUCAGAAUCUGUGGCGAGUGGACAUCAUCAACAGAGAGCAGACUGGGGACAAGUGGCACACUAUUCAGUCGCAAGUGCGGCUGAUUCACGUCGAUACCAGUGCAGCGCUCAAGUUCACCGGGCGCCAGCUGCCCGAUUGGGGCUUCCAUCAGCACGAGGUGGCGGCUGAUCGCGUGCUCAACCAGGACGACACUGUCUGGAACGUGGAAGAGCAUCGAUACACCAAAUCUGACGACCAAAAGCAGCGCGAACGGGAGCUGGUUGGCGCCGAAAUGAUACCCACUGCACCCACUUCACUUUCCUUUUGGGAAAAGUUCUUCGAGCUGCAUUACAAGAUGAUGGUGGCGUCCACUGAGGGAGUGCAGAAUCACAUGUACAGCUCAUCCCCGUAUGAAUGGCCGAUGAUGUGGCGCGGCAUCGCCUAUUGGGUGUCCUCCGACAGCAAUGCCCAGAUCCAUCUCAUGGGCAAUGUGGCUGUUUGGUACCUGGGCACCCUGGGGUUGACUCUGUACUUCAACAUGCUGGUAUUCUACCUGCUGAGGCGCCAUCGGCAGUGCCUGGAUCUGGACGCGCCCACUUGGGAGCGGUUUCUGCUCAUGGGCGAGGUGCUGUUUCAAGGGUACAUCUUCCAUUUCAUUCCGUACUUUUUCGUCGAGAGGACGCUGUUUUUGCACCACUACUUGCCGGCGUUCGCGUUCAAGACGCUUCUCUUUGCCGCCACCUUCGAGCACGUUUACAGUGUGCUAAGCACGAAAUUCCAGGCGAAAACACUUGCCAAUUUAGUGCUUCUAGUGGGCGGAGGCCUGAUGGUGGCGGUAGUGUACGUGUUCAAGCAGUUUAGUGUGUUUAGCUACGGCAACGUGAAGCUGAGCACUAGCGACGUGCUCGCGCUGCGCUGGCAGGAUUCUUGGGACUUUAUUGUCCAUCGGUACUAGUUUUUUUAGGAAACGCGAUUUUGCUGCUGCUGUUUUUGUAAUUUAUUAAAUGUCUAUGUGGGUUA